AUGGCUGCCAAACGAUUGGUCGUUGCAGGAGGGAGUGGUUUCUUGGGGUCUCGGAUCUGUAAAUCGGCAGCAGCAAGAGGCUGGUCGGUAACCUCAUUAAGUCGAUCCGGCGAACCCCGAUGGGACACUGUUACAGAUUCGCGCGAACGUCCGAGCUGGGCUAGCUCAGUCGAGUGGGCAAGGGCCGAUAUGUUGAAGCCCGAAAGCUAUAAACCAUUCUUGAACGGCGCCUCUGCUGUCGUUCAUACCAUGGGAAUCCUUUUGGAGGCAGAUUACAAGGGUGUGGUGCAAGGGAGGGAGCCGGUCGUGAGCGGCCUGCAGCGAGCCUUCAGCUCAUCGAAGUUGGGGAGCCAAAACCCACUCUUAAGGACUGAGGGCGAGGAGCUACAGCCAAAAGAAAAAGACGGGCAAUUGACCUAUGAAUUGAUGAACAGGGAUUCCGCUAUUGCGCUGGCCCAGGAAUCGUCGAACGAACAUGUUCCCACCUUCGUCUACAUCUCUGCCGCCGCCGGGGCACCGAUACUGCCGGCCAGGUAUAUCACGACCAAAAGAGAAGCGGAACAAACCAUCGCUUCCAAGCUUCCCGAACUCCGAAGCAUCUUCAUCCGUCCCAGUUUCAUGUAUGACUCUAGCCGCAAAUUCACACUGCCAAUCGCACUAGGUGGCUUUGUUGCUUCUGAGGUCAAUGCCUUGCUCGGGAACAAGCUUGGAUUCCUAGGGGCCAUGGCCGAGAAACCUCUCAAAGUCGAUGUGGUGGGUGAUGCGGUGGUCGAGGCAUUGGAGGAUGAGUCCACCAAGGGAGCAGUGGGAACAAAACAGAUCGAGGCGCUGGCCACAAAGGCCUGGAGGAAGUCAAUGCUUUAG